AUGGCGGAAAGCAUGAGUGGGAAGUCUUUCCGAGAAGUCGUUGUUCCCUCAAGCCCCUCGUCAAAAUGGAAAGAAAUUACGGUGAACACUGGUGCUUCAGCCAGCACACUGCAAGAUCUGAAGGUGCCAGACAGUUGUGGUGGCUUCUCUUAUCAGGACAGUGGUCUUCCUCAGUCAGCAGUACGGAACCGUUUUAUCUAUUGGAGAACAAGUAAUGAUGUGCUGGAGUUGGUGGAGCAGAGUCUGGACUUUAACCUCCUGGGGUCUCAAGUGAGAUUCAAGUUCCAGGAUACUCAGAUCUUUGGUGGUGUGACAGUGUGGGAGUCACAUGGCAAUGUCAUCAUCCUGGUGUCAACCGUAGCCAGUGUUCACCGCCUCAUCUUCCCUCACCCCUCACGUCUGCAGAGAAUGGAUAUUGGCUGUUCAUCAGAUCAGGUUGUACAGUCUAUUUUCUUUGAUGCCUCCCUGAUGACUGCAGCUGACUCCAAAAACAUGCAUAUGUUGAAUCCAGGGGGCAGUGUGACUUCUCACCUUCAUAGUGCUGCCACCUUCCUCAACAGUGAUGGAGAUGCAUUGUUUUCAUUUUCAAGUAACACAGGAAACAUCCUCCUCAUCAAAAUGCCACCCCCUCAGGUCCAAGGUGUUGUUCAACAGUUUGAUCUGCGACAGUCUUCCAUGAUGCAAAAGUUAUUUAGUGGACUUAUCAGGAGUGGACAGGAGGCUACAGAUUCCGCUACCAGUAUGGUCAUACAAAUGUUCCGAGGAGAUGUCUACAUCUUCGCUGUUUGUAGGGACCACAAAUUGAGAAUAUGGUCAACCAAGACCAGAGAAUGUAUCCUUGCUUACAACCUGCUAGAAUGUUGUCCAGACCUUCAACAUGUUCAACCAGUCACAGGAAGUGGACAUACAAUAAAGAAAGUUUUGAGUGGUGAUGCUAUUGAUUUAAAGCUUUGUGUGUACUUAAACUUCCCUGACAGAAAUCAGUUUUGUUUUGUACAAAUCCAUAUGGUGAAUGGUCGCCUGGAGGUUUUCCACAAUGCUACAGUGUUUGGCACACCAGAAGAUUUGGUGGAUUAUUCUGUAACAGAAGAACACCUUUGGACCCUCUGGACCAAUCAGACUGGAGAAAGUGUAGCCAGGGUUCGAAACAUGACAGGCCAAUUAAGGGGAGAUAACUGGAGUGAGGUCAUCCUUCAGCCUCAAGAGAAUAGCGAUAUCCUUGUCCCUCGUCAUGCUGAUCCUCGAGAGGUUUACUUGGCUCGUAUCUUCCAUCCUCGCCGCUUCAACGUCCAGGACAUUAAAAAGGCACUCAAUGUUUACCGUCGAUCAAUGGACAUGACUGUUACUGGGGAGAUGACACUACAAGUGAACACACUCAAGGAGGAGGUCACUUUAGCUGUAGAAGAUGCUAUCAGAAAUUCUGCAGCAUCCAAUGAACUUGCAGAAGAGGAAUACUACCAGAUCCAGCUUGACCAGUGGACAAAAUUCCACUCCUGCUGUGUCCAAUAUCAGGAGGUUGGAGCCAAGAUGAAGGGACUACUAACUGAUCCCAUCACAGGCUUGGUUUGUCUUAUCAAAAAGGGCUGUGUGACCUACAUUCGGCCCUGUGAUAGAAUUGAGGAGCUGUGUUAUGGAAGUGGGGAGUGGACAGACCAACAGGAAUUAGAUCAUGCUCAAAAGUUUGAUGUUGAGAUGCUGGGUCGGUGUCUAGAGCUGAUCAGGUCCAAGGUCACAGACGAGGCAGGGGCACAAUUUGACUACUGUCCUACAUCUCAGGAGGAGAUCCGAACUCUAGCUAAUCACAUAGUAGAGGAACUCUUCACAGAAGAAGGUUUGCUGAAAGGAUCAACAUCAAUGAUGUCACUUGGGGACCAAAUCCAGAGAAUCAUUAACCUGCCGGACUGUAUCCAGAUUUUACUGGAUUCCAUGGACCUGACCACACAAGAUGAUGUAGAAGACACAUCCAUGGAUGACGGUGAAAGCACAAACCACCAGCUGGCAUGUAGUCGGCUUUUCACUAGUGGCACUGCUGUGGAAAUCCUCUCAGCCACUCUACAGCAGGUCUCUGUCACAAGGUUAUCUGCCCUUAGAGAUCUGUUGAUCCUACAGGAGGCAGCAUGUCAGCUUGGAGAUCGGGAUGGUAUUACUCCUGAUGUUACUGGCCGUCUACAUCACGAUUUAAUCCCUCACACCCUAACCUUACUCCAGUCCUACAUGCUGCUUAAGUGGGUGUCCGAGUCUGUAGCCACACCUAGUCAGACCAGUACCCUAGAAUUUAACGUGAGACAGCUAGCGUCUUUAGAGAUCAAUGAUGGAUCAGGACUGACAAGUCAGCAGAGAGCCAGUCUACAGAAUAUAGGUUUGGCAGAGCUGUUUAUACAGGCUGUGGGUGGCACACAGGCACGACAAAUGUUGGCCCAGACCCGACUGAUGGAGAAUGAGCCCUGUGCUACCUGGACUUUGGGUAUCCUAGGCCUCACCAAGUUUGUGUCUAGACUUGUCUGGCCAAUGAGCCCCUACUUUGUGUUCCCAGAGUUCCUUGUAGGGAGUUGUCAAUACCUCCAGCUUCAGGAAUAUGUUCGUCUGCUGAGCUCCUGGUGCGAGUGGCAUGUUGCCUCACGCAGAUUUAUGUUGGGGCUGUGCUACCUACACUUUGAUGAACCACAAAAAGCUGGCCAGUGUUUUACUGCAGCAAAGGAAGGUGUGGCCACAGAAACAUUCCUGAGACAAAAACUUCUCCAGACAGAUGAAACGCACAACAAACGACUGGAGGUUCUUUACUAUCUCAAGGUAAUAAAGCAGUUUGAGGAAUUUGGAGCUCCUGACAUGGUUGUCUCCCUUGCCAAGACCGGUAUCAGUAUUGCAGAGGAUGAUGAUCCAAAUGUGCCCACUCUUUGGUCAAAGCUAUUCAAGUACCAGCUUGAGUUAGGCCACAACAUGGAGGCCUAUUCAGCCAUGAUAGCAAACCCUGAUCCAUCCAGGAGAAAAGAUUGUCUCAGACAGUUAUUGGUGACGUUGUGUGAGAGGGGCGACCUUCAGGCAUUGAUAAGUUUCCCGUACAUUGACCUAGAAGAAGAGGUUGUGAAUAUCCUGGAGAGUCGUGCCCGAUCUGUAGACCUGCUUACCCAUAACUACUACGACCUUUUGUAUGCAUUCCACAUCUUUAGGAACAACUUCAGGAAAGCUGGUCGUGUCAUGUAUGAACAUGGCACAAGACUUGGAAGGGAGGUACCAGGAAAGAGGGGUCUUGAGCGUCAGGCGCAGUGUUACCUAGCAACCAUGAAUGUGUUGAGGCUCGUAAAACCAGAGUAUGCAUGGAUUGUGAAACCUGUACAGAAACUGAAUAGGUCAAAAUUAGAUGACUCUGGAAGUUCACCAAAGCAUUUCUUGGAUGGUGAGGAAAAACUAGCAGCAUCCGACCAAAAGAUGGAGAUAAUGGAGCUUAGUGAUAUAGAGAAGGAGUUCAUGUUGGUGGAUGCUCGGCUCAGACUCAUACAGAAGGACACUGAUCCAGCUCUCUCAUCAGGUCCAACUCCUGGACCAGAUGAGAUGGUAGGACUUUUGGUAAAGGCAGGAAUGUAUGACAGAGCAAUCACUGUCUGUCAGGUGUUUGAUAUGAAACUAGUCACAGUCUUUGAAAGUCUUGCACUCAGGUGUGUGAAGCUGUCCCGUAGCAGUUCCUGGGAUAACUCUGUUGUGACAGUGACAUGGGACUGGUUACAGGAGAACAACUUAGCUCUGUCAAACCUCACCAAGGAUACCAGUGCCACAGACUUAGCUUGGCUACUCCUACAGCACUACUUAGAGACAUAUGAGGACCACACAGGACAAUACCAUCGCUGUAUAGCAAUGAAAUUGCUCUCGCAGGCCUUCCCUCUACCAACUUGGCUCAUCAACUCUUACAAGGGUUUGAACACAUCAGAACUACUAAGGGUUUAUAUUGACUAUGACAUGCUGGAGGAUGCCGUGAUUUUAACCAUGGAAUAUAUUGAUGCAGUCAUGGACUCUUUCACCGGACACGGGAGUGAACUUUUUAAUUUACGGGGUUGUCUACAAAAUCACACACAGACGGCCUGGUUGCCCUACACAUGUAUUGACCAGCUGCUAAUUGCAUUACAGGAUCACAAACAUGAUAUCACACAUGGAAAGCUGUAUGAAUCAUUACAGAAUAAAAUGGAUACCUACUAUAACAAGUUGUCUGAACAAGAUUACAAUAGCUGACAUCGACUCAUCUGAAUGUGUGUUUGUACUGUCCUAGCUGUCUUCUACAGUCUUCAUGUCAAAACAGGACACAUCCUCAGUGUCACCAUGUGUCAAAUUACUCUGAAUUAACAGAAAUUAAUGAUGCGGUUUUUGGAACUAUCCGAUUCACAUAAACUAAACAUCACAAUAUCACCGAGGGAAGGCUUCAUGUUUUCAUGAUUAAAUAUUGAAUAAAGGAUUUGAAGAAUUACACAAUAUGUCAACUUCAAAAUUGAUUGCUGCAGAAAUUGUGCUGUUUAAGUAUGUGUAUCAAUGCCA